UUGCCCCCUCCAGCAUCUGCCUCUUCCCCUGCCCCGUUCAUGACCCUGCAGAGGGGAAGCUGGAGGUGCUGCACCGCCCCCCGGGCCAGAACCCCCACAGGUGGGUGUGCUGUUCCGCAGGAGCCUGCAGCCCCCCUUGCCCCCCCAGCGCCAGUGCUGGAAGAGUUAACGCUCCCGAAAUGCCAUGAAGUGUCCCUGCUGCGGGUCAGUGUCCGACAGGGGUUGGGGGUCUGGCCGGGGGGGGCGGCCGUGGGGUGAGGUGGGGGCAUGGCCCUGCUGUCCUCCCUCCCAGCUCAGCACCAGCCAGCCUGGCCCUCACUCGGGGGGGGGGGGGGCAGGGCUGUGGUCCAGUCCCACUGGCCUCGCUGGGCUGGCAGCGUGGGUCACUUGAUUUCGGUCAUCUUUUAAAAACGUGGUUCUAAAAUCCCACCAAUUCUGGGCUCUGACCAGAUGGUCUCAGAUUUGUUUCUCUUAAAAAAAAAAAAAACCAAAAAAAACCCCAAACCCAAACCUUUCUUCCCUUUCAUGUGCAAUUUUCAAUUUUGGCUAGAAAUUGCUGUGCCCACCACUCCUCCAGGUCAAUGGGAACAAAGUCUGAAAGAGAGGGGAGGGAGAGAGGAGAGCAUAGGCAGAGCAGCUGGAGCAGAGCUCUGGGUGCUCCCCGACCCAACCAUUUGCCACUGGGAAACAACAAAGACACCCCAAGAUUUCCCCCACCCCUGUGCCCUGUCCCCAGAAGGCCAGGCUGGGUUUGCAGGGUCCUUCUCUUCUUGGGGACUUCUCAGCCACCGCAGCACCCCCCAGGCCGCAUUUGUGGCCCCCGCUCAGCUCCGUCUCAGUGUCCCCAUCCCCGCUGGGCUCCAGCUUGGUCCUGCUCGGCCCCAGGAGAGGCAGGUCCCCACAGCGGGACCCGGGGGGCUACUCUGCAGCAUGAUGCUGAAACCACCUUGGUGGGGGGCACCCACCCCGCCAGCCCAGCUGGGGGCCUGCGCUGGGCAGCGGCACCCCGGGGUGCUGGCUGGGGAGGGGGGUGGGGUGGGUGCCUGGGCCGCGGGGUGCCCAGCGGCGCGGGGGGGUCCCCGGUACCCCCACCGUGGGCUCCACGUGUCUCCCGAGGGGACCGAGGCUCUGGCUGUUCUCUCAUUCUGCAGGAAUUCAGCUCCGUGGGCCGGGCGGUUUUUUUUUUCUUUCUUUUUUUUUUUUUUUUUUUUUUUUUUUUUUUUUUGUGUCUGUGUGUGUCCGCCGCCCGCCCCCCCUUCCACUCUCCUCUCCGGAGCGUUCCUGCAUUGUGCUUUGAUCCCCCCCCCCGUGCCUGCCCAGCUCAGGCUGGCCGGGGUUAGAGGCUGAGGUCAGCGCCUUUCCCAUUCCAAACACCCAGAAACAUCACUGGGAAGGGAGGGACUCAGAUUACAACCUCCCCGGCCUCCCCUUCCACCCCGCUCACCCCGCUCGCCCAGCCGGGGGGGGCCGAGCCCCCCCGGGACGCCGCUGCCACCGUGCCCCGGGCGGCGGCGAUGGCUGGGGGCGGCGGGCGGCAUCGCCGGCGGGCGCGGGGCGUGCUGGAGGGCAGCGGGCUGGUCCUCUCCUCCUCCUCCUCCUCUUUGUCCCCCGCUCGCCCGCCUUCUCCCUCGUCCCCUCCAUCCUGAAUGGGAUUUAUCCCAAGCCCUCGCCAGCGCGCCAGGCCGGCGGCGGGGGGCGGCCAGAUGCCGCCUCGCCGGGACCGCGGCCGCCCGGGCCGGGGCCAGCGGGCGGGUGGGCGGCAGCGGGGCCCGGUGGGCAUCGCGCUGCUGCUGCCCUGGCUGGCGGCGGCGGCCGGACUGAGCCUGCGGCCGGGCGGGACGCGGCACCUGGGGGUCUGCCCCAACCAGCUGAACCCCAACCUGUGGGUGGACGCGCAGAGCACCUGCGAGCGGGAGUGCCAGGCCGACCAGGACUGUGAAGGCUUCGAGAAAUGCUGCACCAACGUGUGCGGGCUGCGGAGCUGCGUGGCUGCCCGCUUUGCUGACGGCAGCCUGCCAGCACUGGCGCUGGCACCAGCAGCCUCGUGCGAGAGCUUUGUGUGCGCGCAGCAGGGCUCCGACUGCGACAUCUGGGACGGGCAGCCCGUCUGCAAGUGCAAGGACCGCUGUGAGAAGGAGCCCAACUUCACCUGUGCCUCCGACGGCCUCACCUACUACAACAAGUGCUACAUGGACGCCGAGGCGUGCCUGCGCGGCACCCGCCUCACCACCGUCCCCUGCAAGCACAUCUUCACCUGGCCCGACACCAGCCCCGUGCCGCAGGAGACGACGGCGCGCCCCACACCGGGAGCCGGCCCCGAGGUGCCGGUGCCCCCCGCCCUCUACAGCAACCCCUUCCACCAGUCGGUGCGUGCCGGUGGCACCGUCAGCUUCCGCUGCGACGUCAGCGGCCGCCCGCGGCCGGACAUCACCUGGGAGAAGCAGAGCGAGCGGGAGGAGAACUUCAUCAUGCGGCCAGACCAGAUGUAUGGCAACGUGGUGGUCACCAACAUCGGCCAGCUGGUCAUCUACAAUGCCCGCCACGAGGACGCCGGCAUCUACACCUGCACGGCCAGGAACGCCGCUGGGCUGCUCCGCGCCGACUUCCCGCUGUCGGUGGUCAGGCGGGAGCCCGGGGGGACCCCGCGGGCCGGCAGCCCCCAGCCCUUCCCCAGCGCCGAGUGCCUGAAGGAGCCGGACCGGCGGCGGUGCGAGGCCCUGGAGGUGCGCUGGCACUUCGAUGCCAAGCAGGGCUCCUGCCUCACCUUCCGCUACGGGGGCUGCGGGGCCAACAGAAACCAUUUUGAGACCUACGAGGAGUGCCGGGCUGCCUGCUUGGGCAGCGCCCGUCCCACCUGCCUGCUGCCCAUGGUGCAGGGUCCCUGCCAGAACUGGGAGCCCCGCUGGGCGUACAACCACCUGCUGAAGCAGUGCCACUCCUUCGUCUACGGCGGCUGCGAGGGCAACACCAACAACUUUGAGAGCAAGGAGACCUGUGAGGACGUCUGCCCCUUCCCCAAGAGCCUGCAGUGCAAGGCCUGCCGCCUGAAGAGCAAGAUGGUGCUGAGCCUCUGCCGCAGCGACUUCGCCAUCGUGGGCCGGCUGAUGGAGAUCGUGGAGGACCAGGACUCCGGCAUCGCCCGCUUCGCCCUCGAGGAUGUCCUCAAGGAUGAGAAGAUGGGCCUCAAGUUCUUCAACAUCAAGUACCUGGAGGUGACCUUGACUGACAUGGACUGGAGCUGCCCCUGCCCCAACAUGACGGCGGAGGAUGGGCCGCUUAUCAUCAUGGGCGAGGUGCACGAUGGCAUGGCCACGCUGGACCCCAGCAGCUACGUCCGGGCGGCCAACGACAAGCGGGUGAAGAAGAUCUAUGAGCUGAUGGAGAAGAAAACCUGCGACCUCCUGAACCGCUUCCAGGACUAGGGGAGAGCUGGGACGUGCCCACGUGGGGAGUGGCAGCCCCACUGUGGAGGGGGGCAGCCUGGGGGAGCCCCCACACCAGUGCUUGUUUCUAGGGGUUACCACCAUCAUGUAGUUCCCCCUAGUAGAGCCCCAGCCCAGCUCCCACCUCCCCUGUAAUUUAUCUGCGCAUGCCUCCCCCCUGUGUACCACCCCAGCCCAGCCAGCAGCAAUAAAGGACUGGGUUGGGUUGCAGAGGGGUGGGAGGUCUGCCAGGACCCCCCACCCAUAAAAACCUUCCCACCACUCCAAAGCCUCUGGGCC